AUGCCUGGCUGUUUCAUGGCUGCUUGUCGCCAUAACCGCCCGACCAUAAUCAUAUACGGUGGAACUAUCCAAGCCGGGAGGCGCCUCGUUGAUUGCCCUUCUAUGGGCUACAAACAAGGCGACACCGUCAAUAUCUCGGAUGCGUUCGAGUCUUUCGGCGCUUACACUAUCGGAAAAAUCACCGACGAGCAAAGAUUCGAUGUCGUCAGACAUGCAUGUCCUGGAGCUGGUGCUUGCGGUGGAAUGUAUACAGCAAACACGAUGAGUUCUGCAUUGGAAGUCCUCGGAAUGAGCUUGCCAUAUUCAUCCAGCAUCCCCGCUGAAAACCCCGAGAAAGUGCAAGAGUGCAUUCGCGCAGGGAAGUAUUUGAGGAAGUUACUUGAGUUGGAUCUGAAACCAAGGGAUAUUCUCACUCGACAAUCCUUCCUCAACGCAAUAGUAAUUGUCAAUAUUCUUGGUGGCUCCACGAAUGCUGUUCUUCAUCUGCUAGCGAUGGCGCGAUCGGCUGAGAUCGAGCUCAAUGUAGACGAUUUCCAGAUGAUUGCUGACAAAACGCCUUAUCUCGCCGACUUGAAACCUUCAGGGCAAUAUUACAUGGAAGAUGUCCACAAAGUAGGAGGUAUCCCAGCCAUCGUGAAAUACCUCCUCAACCAUACCAACCUCAUCGACGGUAGCCAACUCACCGUUACCGGCAAGACUCUAGCGGAGAACCUGGCAGACGUCCCUGAGCUUUCUUUCGACGACCAAGAUGUCAUCAGGCGGUUGGACAACCCCCUCAAAUCCACAGGACACUUGACUAUUCUCCGAGGCAAUUUGUGUCCUGGGUCGGCAGUCGCGAAACUCACGGGUAAAGAGGGAAGCAAAUUUGAGGGCACUGCGAAAUGUUUCGAUAGUCUCGAAGGAUUCUUCCCCGCAUUAGAAAGAGGGGAGAUCACGGCCGGUAUGGUGCUGAUAUUCAGGUAUCAAGGACCUAAAGGAGCUCCCGGUAUGCCUGAGAUGCUAGGUCCCACUGGUGCCAUCGCUGGCGCUGGACUGAGCAAUUCAACUGCUUUAAUCACGGAUGGACGAUUUUCAGGUGCCAGCCGAGGAUUUAUCAUUGGCCAUGUAGUACCUGAAGCACGUCUGGGUGGAGCCAUUGCAUUAGUCAAGGAACGUCUGCUUCACUCGGUGUCCUGUGAUGGAGACCAUAUUAUCAUUGACUCUGAGGCGCGCACGAUUACCUGGCUAGUAGACGAGGACGAACAAGCGCGCCGCAGGAAGGAUUGGGAGACAUCCGACAAGGGGAAAUUGAACGUGAAACGAGGUAUACUGUAUCGAUAUGCUCGAGAUGUAGCACCUGCUAGCCUGGGAGCAUACUGCGAUUAA